GUUAGUGUGACUUCGACUGCGAAGAGACUAGGAGACCUAUAUCACAGCUUUCUUGAAGAUCAAAAUCUCUCGGCAAGAUGACCGCCAACAAUCUCGUCGUCGUACCCGGCUGCUGUUGCUGCUUCAGCCUGCGAGUUGGAACUUUGAUCAUCGCCAUUCUCAAUCUGCUGUUCCACAUCGGAGAAGGAGCGUAUGGCAUCUACCUUGGGGUUAAUGGUGUUCCCGAGGGAUGGAUGGACCUGGCAAUUGACAUCAUCAUGAUCAUCUUCUCCAUCAUUCUCAUCCACGGAGUGAGAACGGAGAACCGCAACCUCGCCGUGGCGUGGGUAUGGGCCAGUGCCAUCGGCGUGGCACUCUCGAUCAUCGUGGGCAUCCUCUACAUAAUCUUCACCAACUCCGUGAUCGCUGCCAUUAUCCUCUUCGUCCUCGCAGCUGUCCAGAUCUACUUCAUCAUCGUCGUGAGGUCUUACGCUAUCUCGCUUGAAGGACCUGAGCUUGCAGCCUGAGAGGUCGUUAGUUGGAUGAAAGUAUCACCUAACUCUAUUUUCUCAGUUAUUUAUUCAUAUAAGUUAUGUGUAGAAUAGAUGGACAAUAAAAUGACGUCAUGUU